AUGCCAGAUCACCCGAAAACCCAUUUAAGUGCCACGGCAGCGACAUUUGUUCCCUUCAUUGAUGUUGAUCGAACGAAGGAUUUGCAGUUCACUGAAGAGCUGCAAGAGACCAGUGAAUACAACAUACACGUUCCCCCCAAUGAUCCACAAAUAUAUAAACCACGUAUCGAUGACAUUCUCCCCACAUCACCUCUCACAGGUAGCAGCACCAAGGACAUGCAGUCACUAUAUGAAGCCUUCGCAUGGCAUGUAUGUUCCAUAUUGAUUGAGUUCAGAGGAGUGGGGUUUGCGAAGUUCAAAACGAAGCUAGGAAUGCCAGGCAGUGUUCAAUCAUUACCUGUGAGAAAGACAGCGAAUCACCCAGGACAUGCUAUGCAUGCAGACAAGAGCACCUAUGAUGGUACCUGGGAGGUCUUUGUCAAUCUGGCGAAGCAACGUGACUGGACUGACGAGGAACUGAAACGGUUCAUAGAGCUCAUUCAUGGUGAUCUCGCAACGAGGGAGCAGUAUGAGGGUCUGCAGAGAAUGCAGGUCAUUGAAAAGUCUGCCAAGAAUCACCUAGACUUCGUCGUUUUUGUGCUGGGAUUAUUCCACCUCAAGAUGGCAGCCGCCAAUGCCUACUGGCGCAUACACAUGGAACCCAAACCAGAUCGUGACGAACCCGUAGGGCUGUUUGAGUAUAUCAAUUACCUCCGCCCCAAGGCGACUGCAGAAUUUGCAGCAAAAAACGGACCUGGUUUCCGUUCAAUGCAUGAGAUUAUCUACCAUGCCACGUGGACAGACAUACUGGAAUGCUGGCAUGUCGAAGCCAAAAAGAGGCAAGGCAUACAGACUUUGGAAGACUUUGCUCAAUUGAAUCCAACCUGGGAUGAUAUUGUGUCAAUGUCAACGUCUAUAGUGGACAACUACUUACCCUCACAGGACUUCGGAGACGAAUAUGAGAGGGAUAAAACACGUCGAGAUACUGUCUUCGAGAACCUGCAUCUUUGA